GCAUCACCACGCCAGUACUCCUGAUAAUUGCAAGGUGUACGAACGGUUACAUUAUUUUUUCUAUGGUUCGUCAGUAGUGUUGUGAUGGAGGCGCAAGAAAUUACGUUGUCGAAGAAGAAGUCGGUGGGUGGGUGGUUUGCGCAAUGUAAGCGAAGGUUGCCCAUACUGGAGUGGGCUCCGAAAUACGACCGCACUAAUGCUAUAGCGGAUUUGAUCGCCGGGAUAACUCUCGGAUUGACUCUUGUACCGCAAAGCAUCGCGUACGCUUCGCUCGCGAAUCUACCGGUUCAGUAUGGACUGUAUUCCGCAUUUAUGGGUACAAUGCUAUACAUGUUCCUGGGUACCGUGAAAGAGGUUUCCAUAGGGCCGACUAGUUUGAUGGCCCUGCUCACCCUGCAGAUAUGUCGUGGCCUGCCGAUCGAAUUUGUCGUACUGCUGACUUUCUUGUCUGGUUGCGUGGUCUUCAUUAUGGGAUUGUUAAAACUUGGUUUCCUAGUCGACAUAAUAUCGCCGUCCGUGACCAGUGCAUUCACGUCAGCAACCGCUGUAACGAUCAUAGUGGCUCAGCUCAAGGGCCUAUUGGGGCUUAGCUUCAUCGCAGAAUCUCUUGUAGAGAACCUGACUUUCAUAUCAAAGAAUUGGUCCUCAGUACGAUGGACGGACUGUGCCCUGGGAGCGUCGUGCUGCGUUGUCUUGCUGUCUUUAAGAAAACUAAAAGAUAUAAAGGUGAAUCCAAAGAGAUACAGGUUGAAAAAAGUUUUAUGGAUGAUAUCGAUAGCACGGAAUGCAUUGGUUGUUGGUAUCGCAUCUACCGUCGCUUACUGCACUUACAAUCCAGAAAAGCUACUCUUCAAAUUAUCUGGUCGUGUAGAACCAGGUCUGCCUCAAGUAAGCCUGCCUCCAUUUAGCGUAGUUAUGAACAAUCAAACAUUAGGCUUUAUGGAGAUGAUAGACCACCUGGGUUCUGGACUGAUCAUAGUGCCUGUAGUGAUGGUGCUCGCUAAUAUAGCCAUCGCUAAGGCAUUUUCUCCCGGAGGUCGUAUAGACGCUACCCAGGAAAUGGUGACGCUUGGGCUGUGUAACGUGGCCGGGUCGUUUGUCCACGCGAUGCCGACCUGCGGCGCCUUCACGCGGUCAGCCGUGUCACACUCUUCGGGGGUUCGGACUCCGGCCGCUGGGUUUUAUUCAGGUUUAAUAACUCUAUUGGCUCUGAACUUCUUGACGCAAUAUUUCUUCUUCAUUCCGAAAGCAUGCUUGUCUUCCGUACUCAUAUGUGCUGUAGUUUUUAUGGUAGAUAUAAACGUAGUAUUUAAUCUAUGGAAGGGUAGUAAGAGGGAGUUAGCUAUCUGGACCCUAACGUUCAUGGUGGGAGUGUGGAAGAGUCUAGAACUUUCGGUGCUGGUCGGGGCGAUGGCGGGGCUCGCCGUGCUGGUGAAGGAUGUGAUGCAGUCGCCGGUCGAUAUGACUCAAGUUACGAUAAACAGCGGUGACGUAAUCCGCGUAUCAGUGCGGCGCGCGCUCGUGUACGCGAACGCGGAGCGGUUCGCCGCGACCGUGCUGAGCACGGCUGCAGCCGCCGCCUGCCCCGUGCUCGUCGACUGCUCUGCUAUCGCUCUCUGUGAUUAUACUGCCACUCAGGUAAUAUCUCGCUUAGUAAAGAAGUUCAAAGAGAAGAAAUUGCAAUUAGUAUUCUACAGUGCUUCACCAGACAGUCUCAAAUGGUUGGAGAGCAUACCUGAGCUCGACAAAAGAGCCCUAAAUACGAAGAAAGUACAAGAUGCCUUAGAUGCUGUAGCUACAAGAAACCCUGACCUUGAUGAUGAAACAAGUGCCCUGUUAGACAAAAAGCCAAAGACAGAAGAAAUUGUGUGAAAGAUCUGCUAGGAGUUUGUGUUUUACAUAAGUCAGGAUAUAGUGUCUAAGAAACUUCCGUAUAGCAUUUAAUUGAAAACAGACUUUAAAGAUUUGGUCUAUAAUUGUUGAAAAUAAUUGAUAGUUUAAUUUUUUGUGGUAAGCAUGUAGUGUAUGAGAGAUUAUAUUUAAUUUAGCUUAAAUGUGUGGUGAGAAAUGUUUCAACCUGGAAUUACAAAAGUUAUUUAUCUGUGAAAUAAGUAGACUUAAAUGCUAGAAAGAGAUAGCAAGAAAAAAUAAAUAAAAUGGAUGGAUUGUAUGUGAUGUCGGAAAUGGGGUAAAAGCAUCAUACAUCUAUUUCUCUGGUCGAUUUUCAGCCUUCUGUAAUCUGUCAGGCCGAAUCCAUGUUUUUGUGAGUGCCCAUCGGGAAUCGAACCCAGGACCCCUCGAUUCUACGCCCGCGCGUUAACCACUGUUCUAAGGAGACGCUCAAUGGAUUGAUGGUUGGAAUAAAAAUCUGAACUAAUUGGACAUUAAUUAUACCCAGCUUGAAAUUAAUUGUUAAUAAUAUAUAUAAAGAAUUUGACUUCAAGUUGAAUGAAAUAAUAAUUUCUAGUCUGGUUACAAUUAUAGUAAUAAUUAAACAGCAUGAUGAAAUAUUUAAGGACAGUAUUGUUAUGUAGUGUAAGUUUAAAACCUUAAAUGGUAUUAAUACAUUAUUGCCUUCAACAACUGAAAUAGAAACAGCUGUAUUAUCUAUACAUAUAUGUGUUAGAUGAUGUUCCUAUUCGUUUAAUGGA